AUGCGAGAGUAUGGAAGUCGAAAUGGCGCCGAAUCGAAAGCGUGCACUAAGCGAGAACGAAUCGUAUUAGCUGCGUUUUCGUCGCGAGUCCAACGCGAACUCGCUGUGAUUUCGACGCGCAGCACCGGCGAACCCGAGACCAUUUCUUUUGCCGAUUGCAUGCGAAAUAAGAUGAUCAAGCUCGUUUGUCGAUUGUUGGACGUCGAAAUUUACAAAAGAGAACUGUUAUUAGUACAAAGAGAAAUCGCUAGGACGAAAAGAAUAACAUCUUACUUAGAACAACGUCUAGACGCUAUUAGAAUUCAGAGUGAAGCCAAAGCUGUCAGAGGAAAAGACAAACUGUUUGAGAAGAUUUCUCUAAAGGAUAAAGCUGCUACCAACUUGUUUAUUACAAUUCUGGAAGAACCGAUUAGAGAAGAGGACAUGGAAACUAUUGCUUGUGCAGUCAGCAGCUAUUACAAUCCUCUAGGACGAGCUCUGGGAUAUGAUCAUGAGAAAGUUCAAGACAUUCUGUCUGCCGAUCAGUACGAAGGACAGAGAAACUCCGAGAAGCUUCUUGCCGUUAUUCGAGCCUGGAAAUACAAGCAUGGAGUGAAAGCUACACUCGGGAGGUUACUGCAAGCGUGUGAAAAGAUCGAAGUGAAAGGGAGAGUGGAAUUGGCUCUGAUAGAAAAGAAGACAAGUAAAUAGUGAAACUUUGCGUAUUGCUCUGCUCGUAUACAUGUAAUGUCUACGAGUUGUUGUGCACAUGUAUUUAGCUAGCUAGACACUGAUGUCUGUCAAUGGACAGAAACAGCUGAACGCUGUAUACGUAGAAGUAAUCAGUUCUGCAUUUUAAACGUGACAACACGUCACAAGUUUGCAAUUACAA